AUGUUUGGGCCGUUCAGAUUCACGAACCCGCUAAGCGGCGGGCUUCUCUGGAAAAUCCCCUGGCGCCUCUCCAAGUUCCAGAAGCGCCGGCACAGGCUGCGGCUCCGGCACGUCGACGGGGUGGUCGCGACGCUCGACAGGGCGCUGGCGAAGCAGGGGAAGACGCUGCCUUCUGUCGAGAGGUGGAAGGCCGAGAUGCCUACGGAGGAGGAGAUGCGGCCCAAGGACAAGUAUACCAUCUUUGACCGGAAGGAGAAGAGGUACCGGAAGGGAAUACAUAAACUGCCCAAAUGGACGAGGGUCUCGCAGAGACUGAACCCGCCUGGUUACUAG